CUCCAGCUAUUUUUCUCAUCGUAUUUGAUUUGGUAUAUUUUGCUAUGGGUUCCGCUUUAAAUGGCAUAAGAAAAGUUAUCACACGAAUCGAAGAACAUACUAGAAGAAACAUUGACAAUGUCCAGACCACUACGAUAAAAGAAGUCACUUGGUAG